AUGCCUACCAUUGAAGCAAACAUCGCGACUGCUGCGCUCACUUCUCCUACCAAGGCCAAUGGCAGCGGUUAUCCUAGCCUUCCUACCACCACUUAUCCGAAUCAACGAGCUGCCUUCCCCUACGUGGACCCGAGCAGGGUCGGCACCGAGCUUGCGGAAGCCUUUAAAGUCCUUCCCUUCGAACGGAACGUGCUGAAGCUCCUGGCGCACGCAGACGGACUCCUGGGCACCGUCUUCCGCUCCACUCGAGAGCUUCCCACGCUGGAAUGGCAGUUGGUUGUUCUGCGAACAGCUGCGCUCAUUGGCGCACAUUAUGUCUUUGAGAUCAACACCCCAGUCGCGCUAGUCAACGGCAUGCCCAACGCCAAACGUCUCUUGAUCGCAUUCGGCAAAGUCGACAACACGGAGUAUUUUACUACGCGCGACCAGAUACUCCUGCGAUACGUCGAGGAGCUCGUCCGCACCAAAACCGUCACUGAUGCGACACUCGAGGAUCUGAAAGCCAACUUCUCUACUCGUGAGGUUAUGGAGGUCAUUGUCAUUGUGGGGCUGUACAGCAUCUUCGGGAGUGUGGCCAAUGUCAGCCGCAUUGAUGAAGACCCAGAAAUUCCCGACCUGAUGGAGUCCUUGACCAACCUCACUGGCCAAAAGGACCGUGGAGAGUAG